GAUAAUUAUGAGGAACCACAGGUUUUAUUAGAUAUGGUAUUGGAGGAUUGUUUUGAAAGCAAUAUGGAUGAAAUCUGGGAAGUUAGACAUAUUCAAAAUAUAAUCAAUCAUUUACAAUUUGUCUUGUUACUUGGCGAUA